AUGGAGGCUGGGGAGCUAGCAGAGGCGGGUGGCACGGAGGACCACAGCCGGACAGCAGGGCCCAACCCCGAGGCACCAGCUGCCACAGUCCGGCUGCCCAGGAAAGAUGGCCAGGCCCAGGAGAUGAGGCUCCUGCAGCAGCAAGUGGCCAGGCUGCAGCGGCAGCUCCAACAGCACGAGUCGCGGUGGUCGGCGGUGGUCAGCCAGCUCCAGGGCCAGGUGGACGUGCUCAGGAGGCAGAACCUCUGGCUAUGGAGUGAGCUGAGGGCUGCCCGGAGGCAGCAGCCAGAAGAGCCCAGGGACCCCACCGGAUGGAUGACGUCGGGGCCCCAGGAUGGAAUGGCCACCAGCGUCCACCCUGAUGGACCCACCCGUUCCUCCCCGGACCCUGGAGAGCCACAGGGGCAGCAGACACUGGGCGACGGGAGGACACUCAUCACCUUCCCCAGCGGGACGCAGAAGGAGGUCAGUGCCGACAGGAGGACCAUCACCAUCCGGUUUUUCAACGGAGACAUAAAGAAGAUCAAGCCAGACCAAAGAGUGGUUUACUACUAUGCUCAGGCACAGACGACCCACACCACCUACCCCAGCGGAGAGCAGGUGGUGCAGUUCCCCAACAAGCAAACAGAGACGCUGUAUCCCGACGGCUCCAAGGAGAUAGUGUUUUCAGACGGGACCGUGAAACGCCUCAGGGACGGUCAUGAGGAAACCCUGUUUCCUGAUGGGACCACUGUUCAAGUGAGCAGGAAUGGUGACAGGACUGUGCUGCUCAGCAAUGGGCAGAGGGAGAUCCACACGGCACAGUUCAAGAGGCGGCAAUUCCCCGAUGGCACGGUGAAGACUGUGUAUUACAACGGCUGCCAGGAGACCAUAUCUGCAUCUGGGAGGGUGAGGGUCAAAGACAAGAGUGGACGCACCAUCCUGGACCACAAGUAG